AUGAAGUACUCAAUCGCCCUCUCACUCCUUUCUAGUGCCGUCCUUGUCACGCCUCUGCUUCAGCAACGCCAAGAGGCAACAUGCGCCGUCCCAUCGACUUUUCCUAGCACCGCCAACUCCAAACUGCCGAAUCCCUUCAAGUUCUUCGACGGAAGAUCUGUUGUCACAAAAGAAGACUUUGCGUGCAAGAACAAAGAAGUCAGUGCAGCCUUGCAGAACCAAGAGCUUGGUGAUUUCCCCAAGAAGCCUUCGACUGUCACUGCUAGCUUCUCAGGAACAUCCCUCUCUAUCACAUCAAGUGAGGGCGGAAAAUCCGUCUCGUUCUCUGUCUCAAUCAAGAAACCCAGUGGAAGUGGUCCCUUCCCCGCCAUUAUCGCCUAUGGCGCUCCCAGUAUCCCCAUCCCCAGCCAGGUCGCUACCAUCACCUUCAACAACGAUGAGAUCGCUCAGCAGCAGAGUCAAAGCAGUCGUGGAAAAGGCAAAUUUUAUGAUAUGUACGGCUCCAGCCACAGUGCAGGUGCUCUUACUGCCUGGGCCUGGGGUGUCGAUCGUAUCAUAGAUGCUCUCGAGGCGACUCCUGGUGCCGGCAUUGACCCCAAGCGCGUCGGGGUUACUGGAUGCUCCCGGAACGGCAAGGGUGCAUUUGUUGCCGCCGCCCUCGUUGACCGUAUCGCACUCGGGCUACCUCAAGAAUCCGGAUCUGGCGGUGCUGCCUGUUGGCGCAUUUCUGACUCGGAGAAGGCCAAGGGCAAGAACAUCCAGACAUCUGGCCAGAUUGUCACCGAGAAUGUUUGGUUCUCUCCCAGAUUCAAUGCAUUUAGCACACGGUCCAACACACUCGCUACCGACCACCAUCAGCUUGCAGGUAUGGUUGCUCCUCGCGGCCUGCUCGUUAUAGAGAACGAAAUCGAUUGGCUGGGCCCGGUUGCGACAACGGCUUGCAUGAAGGCUGGUCGCCUCAUCUACAGGGCUCUUGGUGUACCGGACAACAUGGGUUUCACAGGCUCUGGCAACCACAACCACUGCCAGUUUCCAUCCAACCAGCAGGCUGAUCUGACUGCCUUUAUAAACAAAUUUCUGUUAAACCAGAGUGCCAAUACUAAUAUCGAAAAGGGCCCGUCCGGUGCCGAUGUUGCGACAUACAUCGACUGGACCACACCUACGCUCACUUAG